GCGGCCGCCUCGGGUUUCCGGAGGGGCCGGAGGGCGGGCGAGGGCGUCACGUGCGCGCGGCCCGCGGGCCGGUUGGUCCCCGGGCGGGGGAGGGGCCGUGCGCUGCCUGGGUCGGGGCUGGGGUCGGGCAGGGGUUGGCACCUGGGACAUCCCUGCGGGAAGAGCCGGGAGCAGGAGCGCCCCAGCGGCGGGCGGGCGGGCGGGCGGACAAGCCGCGCGGAGCGGGCCCGGGGCGCGCGCCGAGGGAGCCCCGCCGAUCCCGGGUUACCGGUCCUGGGGGAACCGCCCGCGGGCUCUGCGGAGUGGGCGGCUCCCGGGCCUGCCAUGAGCUCUCCGCCGCCCGCCCGCAGUGGCUUUUACCGCCAGGAGGUGACCAAGACGGCCUGGGAGGUGCGCGUCGUGUACCGGGACCUGCAGCCCGUGGGCUCGGGCGCCUAUGGCGCGGUGUGCUCCGCGGUGGACAGCCGCACCAGCGCCAAGGUGGCCAUCAAGAAGCUGUACCGGCCCUUCCAGUCCGAGCUGUUCGCCAAGCGCGCCUACCGCGAGCUGCGCCUGCUCAAGCACAUGCGCCACGAGAACGUGAUUGGGCUGCUGGACGUAUUCACUCCUGACGAGACCCUGGAUGACUUCACGGACUUUUAUCUGGUGAUGCCAUUCAUGGGCACUGACCUGGGGAAGCUCAUGAAGCACGAGAAGCUGGGAGAGGACCGGAUCCAGUUCCUCGUGUACCAGAUGCUGAAGGGGCUGAAGUAUAUCCACGCUGCCGGCAUCAUCCACAGAGACCUGAAGCCUGGCAACCUGGCUGUGAAUGAAGACUGUGAGCUGAAGAUCCUGGACUUUGGCCUGGCCAGGCAGGCCGACAGCGAGAUGACUGGGUAUGUGGUGACUCGGUGGUACCGGGCACCUGAGGUCAUCUUGAAUUGGAUGCGAUACACACAGACGGUGGACAUCUGGUCUGUGGGCUGCAUCAUGGCAGAGAUGAUCUCAGGCAAGACACUGUUUAAAGGCAGCGACCACCUGGACCAGCUGAAAGAGAUCAUGAAGGUGACAGGAACGCCUCCAGCUGAGUUUGUGCAGCGGCUGCAAAGCGAUGAGGCCAAGAACUACAUGAAGGGCCUCCCUGAGUUGGAGAAGAAGGAUUUUGCCUCCAUCCUGACCAACGCAAGCCCUCUGGCUGUGAACCUCCUGGAGAAGAUGCUGGUGCUGGACGCGGAGCAGCGGGUGACGGCAGCUGAGGCGCUGGCUCACCCCUACUUUGAGUCCCUGCACGACACGGAAGACGAGCCCCAGGCCCAGAAGUAUGAUGAGUCCUUUGACGAUGUGGACCGCACACUGGAUGAAUGGAAGCGUGUCACUUACAAAGAGGUGCUCAGCUUCAAGCCUCCCCGGCAGCUGGGGGCCAGGGUCUCCAAGGAGACGGCUCUGUGAAGACCUCUGGGCUCUGGGGGUGGCAGUGAGGACCACCUUCACCUUCCACCUGAGAGGGGACCCUCGUUGCCACCUUGACCUUGGCUGGGGCUUGCAUCCCAAGGUAUCCGUCAGAGUGGACCCCAGGUUCAAUGGAUCUUCCUCCCCAAGCCCGUGCCUUUGCUCUUGGGCACCCAUCCUGGAGGAGCACCUGAACUUUAUGGACAGGACCUCUGCCUGACCUGGGAUGGCCUCUGAACCCUGGAGCAGUGGCCCCCUUGCCAGUUGCCUCAGAAACCUCGGAGCUGGUGGGGCUUCAGGUCAGGCCCUGCUCUGGGCCAUGCAGAGGAAGGACAGAGGGUGGGCACAGGGCACCGACUCAGGGACAUCCCCUCUCCUGGGGGGCAUCAGUGGACCUUCCUGUACCCCCAGCCUGGAAUGUCAUUCAGUUGUGUGGCACCCACAUGGCUGGAAGGAAAUAGACCCUUUUGUAGCUCCCUG